AUGAAACGUAAUGACGUAAUUCUGCGUUUAGCUCUAAAGGAUAAAAGAAAUAUACCCGCCGAUUCAUUCGAUCAUCAAAAGAUUGGGGGAACAAACUUGCAAGAAUCAAGAGAAAAAUCGGAUUUUGAUAUUAUUGACAAUCUAUCAGAAACCGGGAAAAUUGACUUCGAUAUACCACAAUGUAACCUCGCAAGAGCUAAUCAAGAUUUCAUAGCUAAUUUCGAUUUGCCAAAUGAUCUUCAGACUCAAAGUGAAAAAUAUGAUUUAACAAUAAGUAAUUCUGCCACUUACAAUACUGAAGUGAUACCAUCUACAAGUUCAAUAGAAGUUAAAGACCAGAGUUCCAAGCAAAUCGAGAAGCCUAUUGAUGACUCGUCUACCGAUUCUUCUUCAGAUACAGAAAGUACAUGUUCUUCAGACAGUUCUAGUUCAACUUCAAAUGAGGAUAGUGAUGAUUCGGUGAAAGAUCCAGAUUUUCAAAUUAAGGAACGUCGUUCCAUUAAAAUCUCUGACGAUUCCGAAACUGAAGACAACGUUGGUAACCAAGCUACACCUGCAGCUACAUCUUCAGUAUCAACAUUGUACUCAAACCUAGAUGACACGAUACCAGACACGAAAAAACGAAGCAGAAAACGUGUAGCGAAACCAACCGAAUGGUUACAAAAUAAAUGUAAAAUCCUCAGAAAUGCAGGAUCUGCUUACGUAACACUAAAAACAAAGGUAAAGAAGGAUGCUAGAAAAAUUAAACCACCGUGUAGCGAACGUUGUCGGUUAAAGUGCAAAGAAAAAUUUUCAGAAGUGGAUAGAGAAGCUGUUUUUAAAGAGUUCUGGGAACUUAAAGAUAUUAACCGCCAAAGAGAUUUUAUCAACAGGCAUAUGGCGCCAAUAAAGCGAAAAUAUAGAUACACGACUACUCAAAAAGGGAGACAGUUAAAUCAUGCAUUUUACUUGACCAAAAUGGGAUGUCAAAUCCAAAUCUGCAAGACAUUCUUCAUGAAUACAAUAGACAUCAAUAAUAGAGUAAUACAGACCGUAAUCAAGAAGAGGACAUCUGCUGGUUUCGUUGAAGAGGACAAAAGAGGCAAACAUCACAGUCAUCACAAAUUGCCUGAAUGUGUUAAGGAAUCUAUUCGCAACCAUAUUAAUUCAAUCCCCCGCAUCGAGAGCCAUUAUUUGCGACAGCAAACUGCAAGGGAGUUUAUUGAGGGUGGAAAAACAAUAGCUGAUCUUCACCGUGAGUACGUAGAAGAAUGUGGGCUUAAUAAUAGACCUCACAGCAAUUAUGUAAUGUAUGCAAAAAUUUUUAACACAGAGUUCAAUUUAGGUUUUUUUGAGCCAAAAAAGGAUCGCUGUGAGCUGUGUGUUGCUUAUGAAAUCGCAGAGGACAAACAACAUCUUCAACAGAUAUAUGAUCAACACCUUUUGGAAAAGCAAUUGUCACGACAGGAAAAACAGUGCGACAAAGAUAACGCUUCGGAAACAAAUAUAAUAGCAGUUUAUGAUCUUCAAGCUGUUCUGCCAGUUCCAAAAGGUGACGUAUCUGUUUUUUACUACAAAAGUAAAUUGAACUGUUUUAACUUUACGGUGUCCAACCUUGCAACUAAAGCAACUGAAUGUUACUUCUGGCAUGAGGGCAUAGGUAAUCGUGGUUCUGAUGAAAUUGGUAGUUGUAUUCUCCAGUUUAUAGAAAAAAUAUUGUCUCAAAUUAAUGAUGGUUCUGCUAUUGACAUAACCUUUUAUUCAGACAACUGCGGAGGGCAAAAUAAAAACAAGUUUAUAAUGGCUCUAUCUAAGCACUAUGCUCAAUGA